GUAUUGACCUCUUUAUUAGAGUGGGAGGCGAAAGAGGAAGGGAAAGAAGUUACCCAGCAAUGGGAAGAUGAUUGGGAUGAUGAUGAUGUCAAUGAUGACUUCUCUCUUCAGCUCAAAAGGGAAUUGGAAAGCAACACGGAGAAGAAAUGAACUAAGGCGGAAAGGAUUGUUUCUCUUUCUUAGGAAUGGACCACAGAGUUUCUGUUCUGUUCAGAUGUUUCCCUUUUGUAGUAGUCUUUGUUUCACUGGAUGCAAUGAGCCUUAGCUUUCACCUUUAAGCGUUUGUAUUGAUAAAUUUGGAUGCUCUAACUCGUUUGUAAUGCAGUUCCCUAUGAACAUUGUUUGAGCUGAGAAAAGUUGAGAUUAGUCUUAUGUUUC